AUGCUUGGUCGUGGUCGAGCAGGUGGCUCGGGUCGUGGUGGAUCCUCGAAGAAGCCGACUGUAUUGCCGAAUUUGGCAGUGGCAGGAAAGCGAGAAAAUCGAGAACAGCCAGAAACGAGUGGUAGAGGUUCAUCGAAAAACACAAAGCGAGGUCGUGGACGAGGUGCAGGGGGUCGUGGAGGACGGGGACGUGGUGGGGCGGGAAAUCAUCGAGACAGUCAUAAACACGUAUUGAUUGAACAAGUCGGUAUCUUCUCGACUGGUCUUAAUGACGAUGGAAGGCACGAUCGAUCAAAAACGGAUGAUUUCAAUGGUUUGCCAUUAAAUUAUUUCUAUAGGUUCAUUUAUUUUUUUGCGAUUCUUAAGCUCUUCAUUCUUCACGUAUUAAUUGUUUCAUUAUAUCAGAAAUUUUUAUUUGGAACAAAAGUGAAAGAAUUCAACUCCAUUAUGUGA